GAAGACUCCCGAAGAAUGGUUGCAGGUCGUCACUCUGCGGCUCAGAAACAUCACCAUGAAGUUUAUUCCUUACCAGAAAUGAAGGAGAGAGAAAUGUGGACAGCCAGAGGAAAGGAAGACCAGCCUCCCCUGGAUGUUGAUGUGACAGAAUUUGCCCUAAAAGCUAAAGUCAUCUAUCCAAUCAACCAAAAAUUUAGGCCCUUGGCAGAUGGCUCCUCCAAUCCCUCUCUACAUGACAGUGGCAAAGCAGCAGGUGGUUCUGCCCAUCAGAUCCUGGAAGGGUCCACCACCUCAAGCAGCCUGGGGUCUCUCGGCCAGGAAGCCAAAGAGGACGCGGCUUCAUCCACCACCAUCCACUCUGCAGCAAGUGAUGACAGAUACCAGGAUCGAACCUUCCCCAGAGUGACUUGUUUUGCUGAAGUGCUGGCCUGUGACACAUUUGAUGUGAAGAUGUGCUUGUACAGCCUCUUUCUGAGGCCUCUCCAACUGCUGGACAUGGAACUAAGGAAACAGAAGCAUGUGGCAAUUUUGCACAUUUUCAGAAUGCUCACGGUCAGUUUUUAUCUUAGAAAGAAAAUGUCUGAAGAUUUGUAUCAAAGCAUCCUUUGUACACAAGAAACAGCCUUUGAAGAGCUGCAAACCCAGCUCAGUUCCAGACUCCUGAACGUGGAGGUCUCCGGAGCUCAUGAAACAGAGUAUCAAACCUUGGAUGACUUGGAGAGGAAUGAGAAGGGAUAUGCGGAUCAUGUCCUGGACAAUAUGGAAGCUUUCUGGAAACAGACCAGCCAUGCCCUGCUCUUUCUCCUGGAUCAAUCCAAGUGCACAAGCGCCAAAGCCCAGAAAAUCCGGAUGCGCCUGACGGAGGCAAUGCUUGUUCUGGAGGAGUCCUUCAGAGACUCACAGGAUUCAUGGACCAGGGCCAUCCAAGAAAGAAUGUUUAACUGGGAGCAACUGGUGAAAAUCGUUGGUUUGCUGAGGACACAGUUGCAGGAAGAGAGUAAAUGCAGACUCCAUGCAAUAUCUCACAUCCUGGAUCUGUUAGUUCAAAGGAAUAACCUCACUGUGAAGCAGAAGGAGGAGCUCUUCGCAGGAAUCCAGAAGGCUUUUUGGGGGAAAGUGGAACUCUAUGAAGAUGACUGUGUUCAGCUAGGCAAAAAUCUAAUCCAGAAGUGCCUUAGGAGUGAUGCAGAGAAGCUAGAAAGCCUCAGCAAAGCUCAGGAAGCAGAGCAAAGAACUCUCCUCAAUGAAAGCCAGCAGCUGGGAAGCCUCGAUGCAUUCCUGAAGGUUUAUCCUGAAUUGUCAGAACGGCAGAGAAAAGCGCGAUGCAAGAUGGAAGAAGAGAGUGAUCAUGAAAUCAGUGAGGCCGUCGUAGAUCUCUACAAGAAACUGUAUUCUCAGUACUCUCGUAGUUUGGAGGAUUUGACUGCUCAGCUGUUUCUUCGGACUCUGCCUGUUUUAACAAGUCUGCCACUCAAAGAACGUGAGCUUCUGAAAGAGGAGCAGCAGGAGGACUUGGCCCUGCAGUUGGAGAAAUCAGAGAGCCAGCGGCAGAAGCUUUGGACUUUCUUCCAGGACCAGAUGCAGCAGGAGCAGAAGCUGUGGAUGGAAGAUCAUGCCUUCUCUGCUGUGAUGCAAAGGCAUUUGUCAGAGACCAAUGAGAAGGUGAUUCAGUGUGUGACUACCAGACUGGGCGGGCUGAGCAAGGCGGCUUCAAAAUGCAUAGCUCAGGAGCACAAGUCCUUGUUGCAGCCUGUCCUGCGGAGGGUGGCCCUGCGACAGACGGCUCUGAGUGUUCUUGCACAAAUGCGAACCUCCCAGAGAAGAAGCUUCAUUUUGCAGCUGAAGGAGCAUCAGGUCCUGCAGCAGAGUUCUUUGCACUGCUUAGAUGAACUCCAGUGGAAACAGCUGAAGGAAACGGAGCUGCACAUUGCCGAAGAGGAGGGGAAACUGGGCAACGAGAUGCAGCAGACCAGGAUGGAAUUCCACCAGCAGUUAACGGCAGAAGUCCAGGAGAGCCUUCAGUUCUUGCAGCGGCACCUGCAGCAAGGGAUCGGCCGGGCCUUGGCCCAGCACGCCCGGCAGCUGGCAGCAAAGCAUGACGCAGAUGAGGACAGAGACCUCAAGGAGAUGCUGAAGGAAGACUCCAGGGUGAACGUUUACGUGACCAGUGACCAAGCUCAAGUGUUGCUGCAGAAUUACUCAGAGCAAGUGGCCAAGAUCCAAGAGAGUCAUGAAGAUGCGGCAUGGAAAACAUUGCAAGAAAGGACUGAAGGCCAGAGGCAUCGAAGGAAGUGGAACUCUGAGCAAGGAGACCGGCCAGACCCUCCGAGCGCUUCACCUGCCUACCGGGAAAGAACACUUCAGAAGCCAAAGAGGGUCUGGGCUUGGUUUGACAUCCAGCAGCGGGGCCGCUUAGCCGUCCUGAAGCAAAAGGUGGCGCGCCUGAACCACAUGGAGAUGGAACUAGAGAAGAAGCUAAUGAGAGCGGAGCAGCAGUUGGUGACGGAGCUGUCAGCUGCCAUUCGCCUUCCCUGGCCCGUUCACAGGCAGCCCUUGGAAUCAGCUGCAGAAUUAGGAAGGAAGCCACAGUCCAAAAGCCUGGAUCUCCAUUCCCAGGAAAGAGAGGAGCACCACCAUGGCAAGGACAGUGUUUCUCCUGGCCCAGUCUCAAAGGCCUUCAGAAAUAAAUGGCAGAGUUGCCAGGAAGAUGAAGCUGGCCGUGUGAAAAAUCCAGAGAAGCUGUUGGAGAAAAGGUGUAAGAACACUUCAUAAAAAACACUUUUAACUUGUUCUGAAUCACAUGCAGCGGAGUGACAGCAUCAGACAAGCUCCAGUGGUGUCCAAGCGUCACCUCAGCCUCGUGCUGGGAGACAAUGAAGCCGGUCUUCUGCCCUGAGCCCCCCAGCUGCAAGAGCGUCCUGCAGAGUCAGGCCCAACACCUCCAGGAGCACCACUGCAGCCAGCUCCCGACUGCUGCUCAGUGCUGCCGGAGACCCAAAGCCAUUCGGGGGACUCUGUGCUCUGGAAAUCUGCGUGCAGACAUUAAUCCUUUGGUGGUCUGGAGACACAGCAUUGGAGCCCUGAGUCUGCUGCAUUUGGCCAGUAGUCCAGUCCUUGGAUCAUGCUCAAUGGGCAUCUAUCAUUCCCCUCUGCGGGCAGCAGAAGUUUUCCCAAGACAAGUGACUUGGCUCUUCUUGUGACAGACAAAGCCCCUCGCCAUACCUGCCCCCCCUCUUGGAGCAUUCCCCCCAUUUAAACACAAAUUUCCCCAAAAAUCAUUGCAAAGCACCAAAGAAAUGCUUGCCCUGAUAAUUAGCAAGGGUAUAAAUCCUUCCUGUAGCAUCUGGGGAGGGGGGAAGCCUUAGAUUGAAAGGCCAGCCUGCGCAGCACUUGAGGACUGGAUGGAGAGCAUCAGAGCUCCCUGCACACCGAGAAGCACCUGAACAACUGCUUUGUGGAAGUGCCCUUUUAGAACUCACAAUAAAGGGUUCAAAGCAA